AUGCAGUUUGAAGAAGCCGCCGACAAGGUGAAAACGUUGAAAUCGUCGCCGACAAAUGAUGAACUUCUCGAGUUGUACGCUCUCUACAAACAGGGGACCGUUGGCGACAAUUCGACCGCAAAACCGGGCAUGUUCGACUUUAAGGGAAAGGCGAAAUGGAGUGCGUGGGAUACGAAGAAAGGUGUUUCUAGUGAGGACGCCAAGAAGCAAUACGUCGCAUUGGCCGAAAAAUUGAUAGAUCAAUACGGUAUU